UAUAAAGAAAUUCAUUGAAUAGGUCGAAUGACUGUAUAACUGUCUCUGGACAGUAGUUCCAAGUUAAUAGGUUCGUUUCGUUUAUCUAUGGGUUCAGUUUUCAGUUUCAUUCAGCCGCGCAUAAGACAUGAGAGGUUAAAAAUUUUCCAAGAAGAAAAUUUCAUGAAGAACAUGUGGCCUGAAAUUGAAACUGUUAAAAGAGAAAAUCGUUAUGAGAUUGCUUUAUCAGGAUCUGCCAUUGAUGAAAAGAUAAAAGAACAUGGUUUAGACGAUUCAUUAUUUAGCUUAGUAAAUUUGAAUUAUAUAUGUAUAAAUAGUACUUGUUUAAGCGAAAUUCCUGACAGAAUAUCCCAACUUACAAAUUUACAAACCUUGUCUUUAUAUGAUAAUCAGAUCAUCCAUUUGAAUCCUCUAAUUGAGAAGUUGAAUAAAUUGAAAACCCUGGAUUUAUCAGGCAAUCAUCUCACAGAAGUUCCAGAUAUAUUUAGUAAUUUAGAACAAAUCGUAACAAUAAAUCUGUCAAGGAAUAAUAUUAGACGAUUUCCAACAUUGAGGAAUAAUAAAAAAUUGACAGAAUUAAAUUUAUCCAAUAACGAAUUGGAGGAAUUUCCUGAUGUUUGUAAUGCUGAAUUAACUAAUUUAAGUGAGUUAAAAUUGAGUCAGAAUCAAAUUGAGUUGAUUCCUGAAGAAAUAAAUAUAUUGCCAUUGUUGAAAGUAUUAGAUGUGGGUUCUAAUAAAAUUAAGAGUUUACCAGGCAAUUUAGGAGACUGUGGAAAAUUAAAAGAAUUAAAUGUAAAGCAGAAUCCAAUUUGCGACAGAAGACUAUUGAAACUAAUUGACCAAUGUAGAACUAAGCAAAUUUUAGAUUAUGUCAGGCAACAUGGUCCAAAAACAGCAAGGAAUGUACAGGGUAAUUCCAAAAAAGGGAAGAAAAAUCACAGAAUAUCUGAAAAUGCGGAUGACAUCUCAUCUAAUUCAGAGUUUAAGUAUAAAAUUACAGUUUUCCGUGCCAAAGAUGAUGAUUGUGCUGUUAUCAUUUCUAAGAAUGUGGAAACAGUGAGGAAAUACAUAAUCUGCUGUAUAGUACAAAGUAUUGUUUUUAGUGAAAGUACUUUAAAAAAGUUUUUACAACUUCAAAAUAAAAUUCAUGAAAAUGAAUGUUGUAAAAGGAAUGCAGCAACUAUAGCAACACAUGAUUUCAAGAAACUGGGCACUGGAAACUUAACAUAUACUACCAUGAAACCCGAUGAAUUGAAACUGAGACCGUUGAACAGAAGUAAAGAAAUGACUGGGAAAGAACUGUUCGAGAAACUCCAAAUUGAAGCUGAAAAUUUUAGAAAAGAGAAGAAACGUAAUACCUACUCUGGCAUACACAGAUAUUUGUAUCUUAUUGAAGGAAAACCAGAAUUCCCUUGUCUACUUAAUUCAAAGGGAGAAGUUAUUUCUUUUCCUCCUAUUACAAAUGCAGAUAUUUCAAAGGAGUCUGAAUAUGGGCUCAGUCUGGAAAAAUAUGUACCCAUUCUUUGUGGUAUUUAAAGUUGUCCUGACCUUGAAUCCUGGGAGACUUGGAAUUCUGAACCCAGGUCAGCUUUACUGGGACUCAAACUUAUAAGGCAAAGAUAGUUUCUAUGCAAAGCAUACCGAAGGAAAAUGGUAGAAGGCAAGCAACAUAGGGCAAAAUCAGGGGUGUCAAGUCAAGGUUAUUUAAGCACAUUAACUAUAACAUCAAGUUACUAUCAGCAAGGAAUGUCACUGGCAAAUUCAACGCAUCCAGUUUAUCACUGAAAUUGAUUGAAAUAUCAAGAGUUGAGGAUAUCUAUGUGAGGAAAGUGCAAAAUAUGUAUAGUUUGGUACUUCUAGUUUUUGAUGAAAUGUAUAAACCACCCUGUAUCUCAUAAACGAAUAGAGUUAUGAUAAUUGUCAACGCUGAUUCAGACUAUCCAAAUUGUCCUGCAGCGUACAGUUAUUCAUAAACAUCCUGUAUAAAUUUCUAAUUGUCAGAAGCUGCAAAAUCCACGGAGCCAACUCAUCCAAGAGGGCUGAUGGGAGAACAGCAUCACUCUCUCACGAUGUGCAAAUGCCCUCUAACAAAGCCAGCAAUGAAUGCAAGGCAAUCCAGUUCGGAAACAGUGGUUGAUUAGGACUUAUCCGAUUCUCGAUUAUUUUUUCAGUACGAGCUUUGUCAAGUGUUUCGAGAAUUUUAGUAAUACAUGGUGAAAGAGCAAUUGUUCUAUAGGUACCAGGAAGUUCAGAAGACUUACCUACCUUACUCUUUGAAAAGGCAGUAUCAUUGGAGCAUGUGAGAACAACUGUUUUGAUAAGCCAUCCAAUCCCAAGUUACUCUAGUUUAACAAGGUUGAGAGAUGUUCUUCCAAGGUACAUUCAUUAUUAGUGUGGUUCCUAAGCAUAGCAGGCAUGCAAUUCU